AUGACUUCUUCCCUCUGCUCCGAGUCUGAUCCCGCUUCCAUCCUAAGCCAAGUGCGAGACCUGGACAGGAUUCCCAAAUAUCAGAGAGGGCCGUUGUAUGGGAUGGCUAUCGAAGUAAAGGAUGUUAUGGAUACCAAAGACAUGCCCACGCAGAAUGGCUCUCCCAUUUAUCAAGGUUAUCAGCCAAGCUCUGAUUCAUCUGCGGUUGCAGUUUUACGGGCUGCGGGAGCUCUGAUCUUUGGUUCGUCUGUCGCCUGUGAUUUCUUCCCUUUUAAUUGGGCUGAUUUGGCUGCCACGGGUUCCUCGCGUGAAUUUGCGGCACCGACUGGGGGGAUCUUCGCUAUGAAGCUAACCUUCAACGCCAUUUCAACUGAGGGCCAGAAAUCCGUUACCCCUACAUUUGACACCAUUGGCUUCUUUGCUCGUAGCGUCGAAGACCUGCAGCUCCUUGCAGAUCUAUUCGCCAUCCAAGACAAUGAGACUCCCCAAGAUAUUCAUUUUAGAAAAGUUUCGGUUGCUCUGAUGAAAAUUCCCAUUUGGUCCUUAGCAGGUCUUGGUACAGUAUCUGCAAUGAAAGAGACAGCUACUACCCUCCGAUAUCGUGGCAUCAAGGUGAAAGAGGCCUCGUUUCCCCCUAAAGUCGCCAAUGUCGAGGCCCUGAAGCAGAUCCAAAAACCAAUCACCCUUGCCGAAGCCCAACCGUCUUUCCUUAUUGGAGAUUACUGGUUAGACAAAACAAAGCUAGCUACGAAAAUUCGAGAAAUUGUUGAGAACACCUCCAACUGCACCCGCACAGAAAGAAUGGAAGCUUUAGACAGGUACUCUGACAUGCGGCAUAUCAUAAAUGAGCUGGCUGCGAACUACACUGCAAUCAUCGCGCCUAGCGCCGUCGAUGAAGCUCCAAUGGGGCUUCGCUACAUGGGUUGUGCAUGUUUCAACACCAUGUGGACUGCAAACCAGGGGUUUCAUAUGCCUGUCGUCAACGUACCUACAUUUAUUGGAGUUUACGGCAUGCCUGUUGGCCUAGCUCUUGUUGGCCCUAGAUUUCACGAUCAGCGGCUGUUGCAAAUUUGCAAAGCUCUCAGCAAGGUACUUGUGACUAAUGGUGGUUCGAACGUACGAAAUUGA